AUGGCGGCGGGGCCGCUCUACCCGCGCUCUAUGGUGCUGCUGCCGCUCUAUCCCCGUUCCAUGCCGCUCUUUCCCUGCUCCGUGCCGCCCGUGCCGCUCUAUUCCCGCUCCGUGACCGUGCUGCCGCUCCGCCUGGUGCCCCGCUACUCCGUGCGGGAGGCCGUCACCUGGGGCGCUGUGGGCGCGCUGCUGCUGCAGCUGCUCCGGCAGAUCGCCUGGCUCCGCUCGCUGCCGGACUCCCGGACGGAGCGAAGGCUUCCCUGGUGUUCCUCGCUGCCCUCGCAGCCCGCAGCAGUGGCUGAAGCCUCAUCCAGCUGUCCUGGCCAGCAGCUGGGCUCCCAGAUCCUGCAGAAAGCAAGUGCAGAGGCUGUAGCAGAGAAUUCCUCCUCGGGCAUCCCCUCAGGGCGAGGAGAGAGCCAGCCCUGGGCAGAAGCAGGGGAGUUCCAAAUCCCUGUGAGCUCCAGGGUGGGGCCAGUUCUCCACAGUGCAAAGGGUGACCCAGCUCAGCGAGGGCAUUUAGAGGAAGCCGCUUUCCAAUUGCAGCAGAUUUUCCGAAUUGAUAUUUCCAUUGCCUUGAAUAUCCUUGGCAUCCAGAGCAUGAGGGCGGGGCACUGCCGGGUGGCUUUCACCUGCUUCAAACUGGCAGCAGAUCGAGGCUACAGCAAAGCCCAGUUCAACGUGGGGCUGUGCUAUGAGCAUGGCAGAGGCACAGAAAAGGACUUGGAAAAGGCAGGUUUUUAUUACUGCCAGGCAGCCAGCAGCCACCACCCCAUGGCCCAGUACCGCUAUGCCAGGUUCCUGCUCCAGAACGGCCCUGGCAGCCUCUGGGACAGGCAGCACAAGGCUGUGACACUCCUGGAGCAAGCAGCAGGGGCUGGGAUCACAGAGGCACAGGCUUAUCUUGGAGUGUUCUACAUGAGGGGGCUGAAGCCCCAGGAGAAGAGAGGUCUGAAGUACCUGCUGCAGGCAGCAAACAGUGGGGAUGCCCAGAGCAGGUUCCACGUGGGUGUUUGCUACGAGCAGGGGCUGGGAGUGCAGCAGAGCCUGGCAGAAGCACUCAGGCACUACCAGCAGUCGGCAGCUGCAGGGAACAGGCAGGCCCUGGAGAGACUGCAGGCCUGGGAGCAGGAGCUGCAAGAUGUGCACACAAAGCAUCCGUUCCCUUCAGGAUUAAGAGCCUCCUCCUCCAGCCCCAAUUUCUGGACUAUUGAGCCUGUGUCUGCAGGUCUCCAGAGCAGCCAGCCAGCACAGUGUGGCCUCAGGCUGCCCCAGUCCUGGAGCACAGGCAGGCUGCACGUGAUGCUGCUCAGCAGUGCAGGGUGGAGCCACGCCCUGGGAGCCAGGACGGUGCCACUGGAGCUGCAGGGCUGGGAGCCCCAGCAGUGCUGGCACUAG